ACUUAUAAAUACACUAUUCCACUGAGCUGAAAGUUAGUUUAAAAUAAAACCUGCAAAGCGAGAUCCAAGCACGACGACAAAUCGAAACUACGGAGAAGUCAAAUGCAAAGCAAGGUCGAAGCAUGAAAGAAGAUUACGAGACUGAAGAAAAGAAACAAGCUGCUGCUGAUGUUCUUUUUCAAUAUUCUAAAUUUGCAAUGGCAUGCAUAGGAAACCAAGUUCGUCCUUGUGACAUGAGGUUGCAUUUGAUGAAGGAAAUAUCAGGGCUCCCAACUUCUCUUAAGAGAGUUUCAUCCCAAGCUGCUGCUUCUCCUGAUUCAAUGGGCGAGUCAUCAAGCUCAGGUACCGCAAGACUUGAUAAGAAGGCUGAUAAAGCUGAUAAAUGAGGUGAAUUGGGAGCGAUUCUGAUAUUUACUUGAAGCAUCAUUUUAUUUUAUGAAAGUUUCAGUUUCUAUGUAAAUAGACUUCGUAUUCUACUAGAUGCUUAAUGCAACUUAGGGCGUUCCAAAGAUGUUAAUUAUAGGAAAUUAUUUCGUUUGUUUGAUACACGAAGUGUGUCUGUGUACUCUGACUUAUUAUUUCUUAACUCUGAGUUCACAAAUUUUCUUCCAAAA